CGUGUAAUAUCUGCUCUCAUACUCAUUAAUCUCAACUUUACCUUGUCGUUUGAGCCUCCGUUAAGGUGAUUCCGGACUAAAGCAGUGAGGCAGUGACGCGAGGGCAGCAUAUGGAGUGUGUCAUAAGUGCCGCCGAGUGCCGCUACCACCACCACCACCACUAAAGCGGACCAGAGAUAAUGCGGGUGGAGCCACAGGCAGGCCGGGACCAUUGACCAGUGAGCAGUAGUAGUGACAGAAGUGUUCGUGGUGUCGUGGAGUUGUGGUGGUGACUAGUGGAGAGACGUGGACACAGUGAGCCGGCAAGAUGAUGUCCGAUGGGCGACUGGUUGGGGACGGGUCGUGGGACUUGCACGUCCAGGUGACGGACCUGCAGGUGGAGCGGGUGCUGCGGGUGAAGAGUGACCUUCACAUUGGCGGCGUGAUGCUGCGACUAGUGGAGGAGCUCGACAUUGCUAUCGACUGGUCAGACCACGCACUAUGGUGGCCCAAGAAGAACAUGUGGCUGACACACACCCGUUCCACCCUAGACCAGUACGGGGUUGGGGCGGCUGCAGAAUUGGAAUUUACUCCAAUGCAUAAAACCCUGCGUGUCCAGUUGCCAGAUCUGCGGUACAUGGAAUUCAAGGUGGACUUCUCCAAAAAGACCUUCAAUGCAGUGAUUCAGCUGUGCAAGCAACUGGGCAUCCGCUACCCUGAGGAGCUGUCCUUCUGCAAGCCACUGUCACAGGAUGAUCUCAAGUGCAACUACAGUGAGAAGCAAAUGAAGAAGAAGCCAUCAGCAACCGUCAAGAAUGGCACACCUGCAGACACCAACUCCUUCAUUGCCAACAAGAGCCACAACUCCACCAAUGGCUCCCUUGACCGUUCCAGCGGCUCCCACAACAACACCCUCAACUCUUCUGGUGGCAGGACGCCCAUCAGCCCUCCGGGAGGCACAUGGAAGCACAACACAAGCAAUAAUGGCAUUGGGAGCCUGAACAGCACCCUGGACAGCAUUGAUGGUACUGACGAUUUGAGAGCUUCCCUUGUCAAUUCUCCUGCGCGUCCGCCAGAUGACAUACGCAACAAAGCCCUUCGCCCCAAAUCUCUCCUCGAGAAGGCCAGGAUGAAUGUGGCAUGGUUGGACUCCUCACUGUCCAUAAUGGAGCAAGGUGUGCGGGAGUUUAGCGUGCUGUUGCUCCGCUUCAAAUUUUUCUCCUUUUAUGACCUAAACCCAAAGUACGAUGCAGUGCGCAUUAACUUCAUCUAUGAACAGGGCAAGUGGGCCAUUCUUAAUGAGGAGAUUGAUUGUACCGAGGAGGAGAUGCUCAUGUUUGCAGCUUUACAGCUUCAAGUCACGCUGCAGAUGAACAAACCACAGCCUGAGCCCAACAUUGGGAGUGAGGAUGACAUUGAUAGGAUGAUGAAUGAUCUCCAGAUGUCCCUUGAGGGUUCCCAUGUGUCUUCCAACCCAGCAGACAUCAUGCACAUCCCUGAGCUGGCUGAUUACCUGAAAUUCAUGAAACCCCGUCGGUUCACCCUAAAGGGCUUCAAGCAGUAUUACUUUACCUGUAAAGACAUGUGUCUUCGUUACUACAAGAGCAGUGACAACACCAAUGAAGAGCCCAUAGAGAAGAUCAGCUUAAGGGGCUGCGAGGUCACCCCAGACGUCAACAUUUCCCAGCAGCGCUAUGGUGUCAAGCUAGAGGUGCCUGCUCCAGAUGGCAUGAUGACAGAUUAUAUCAUCAGAUUUGCCACGGAAGACCAGUAUGCUCGUUGGUUGGCUGCCAUGAGACUUGCUGCCAAGGGCAAGUCUUUAGCUGACUCCUCUUAUGAGAGUGAAGUCAAGUCCAUCCAGGCCUUCCUUGCCAUGCAGCACCCAUCUGCCCCUCAGAUCAAUCCUGAAUCUCUGGACAUCCAGCCUGAGGACUACAUGUCUCCUCGCUACUCCCGCCGCAUCAGAGGCAAGGGGGGUUGGUGUGGAGCACAAUAUCCUGAAUAUAUGGGUGUGCAGCGUAUCCUUGAGGCACAUGCCAAUGUGAAGGACUUGCCGCUGGUGGACGCCAAGCUGCAGUACAUCCGUGCGUGGCAGGCACUGCCAGACUAUGGCAUCGCUCUCUUCCUGGUCAAGCACAUGGGUCACAAGCGUGAGGAGUUGCUGGGUGUAGCAUUCAACAGGAUAAUGAGGAUGGAACCUGGCAGUGGUGACCACAUCAAGACAUGGCGCUACAACACAAUGAAGGCCUGGAAUGUGAACUGGGAGACAAAACACAUGAUGAUCCAGUUUGAAGAGGACAAUGUGGUGUUUUCUUGCCUCACAGCAGACUGCAAGGUGGUGCAUGAGUUCAUUGGAGGAUACAUUUUCCUGUCCAUGCGAACCAAGGAUGCCAAUCAGAACCUGAAUGAGGAGCUGUUCCACAAGCUGACCGGUGGGUGGGUCUGAGGGACCGGCAAGCAGUGGCCUUAGCAGCGUGAGGUGUGUCAAGCUUCCAUGUACAUGUUUGGAAAUUAUAUUCUUGGAGGAAUUGUUACUGAUGAAGAGUUUCAGAGUUUAUCUUGCCAGUUUCAUAUUACUCUAAUCUAUAUUAAUAAAAAAAUAUGACAGAUCUAUUUUAACUACUUAUAUAGUAUGUUGAUGCUGACAAAUUCUGUUUAACGAAAAAGUCAUAAGUUAUGUAAAAGUUGCACGUGUUUAUUGAAUAAGCUUCCAAAUAUUACAUAUUAAUUAGAAACUUUGGUAUUGACUUGAAUAUGACAUGGCUUCCAUCAUAUCAUUUUUACAUUUUACAUUGCAUACUUACACAGUAUUGUUCUCAGUAGUCAUGGGCUUUGUUACUCUACUAGCAUUAUUGCAACAUGUGGAGUAAUGCUUCCAUUCUCUUGUGUUCAUCUAAUAAAUGUAUUGUUAUAUUUGUAUUUAUGCAUUGCUCUGAUGACUCCUUCCCCUGAAAAAAUGUCUCCCAAGAAAAGAAAGAGAGAAGAGACUACAUCUUUGUCCUUUCAUGCUCACUUUCUCUUUAAUAUGCUUGUUUGUCCAUUAUAUUCAUUCUAUUCCCUGGAUACAAGUUUCAUACAGUUUGUAAAAUUUUAUCUUUUCCCUCUGAUUUCUGUUAUGUUGAUAUUUUGUAAGUGUAUUUUUAUGUUGGUUUGACAUGCCUCUUUAGAUGGGAGCUGAAACAAGGAGUUAGUAAGUAUGUGUGUAUGCACAUGUGCUGUAUCUCUUGUCAUCAGAGCCACACAGAUAAUUUGUUAGUCUUUUGCAAUACUAGUUGGAAAAUGACAUUUGCUAACAUGAUGACUUAAAUCAUGUUUGGAUAACAUUCAGUCUUUGGCUAACAUUAAGUAAAUAUGUCUGUACUUUGUUCCUUUCUUGUAAAUAUUUAGAAUAAGUUAUAAAUCUCUUACGUUAACCAACCUGUUAUGGCUGGGAACUGGAGUUAUGCUGUUUGUGUAAAAGUUUGUUAGAGGUUGAGCUAAUAAUUCAUAUUUGCUAGGUAAGCUAAUUCUUGUACCUACUUAUUAUGAAUUUGUCUUCCUCCGCCAUACAACUUUCAUUUUAUUUUUUUCAUUCAUUUAUUUAUUCUUCUUAAUGAAGAGAAGGUGAUGUCCAAGAACAACUCGAAUUUUUUUUAAAGUUUAAACUACAACAUAUUGAUUUAAUUAUGCUACUUCACAGUCUUUAUUGAAUAUCAGGAUACAAUGUGUAGGUAAGGAAUUACCAAAAAUCUAUGUAAAAGAAAAUGUUCAGUCUAGUUUUGAGCUUGUACUGUAGGAAAGUGGACAUCAUCAUAGAGUGACUGCCUACAUAUGCUGUAGGCAGUCACUGUCUUAUGUUGUCUUGCCUGAAGAUGUUAAUGCUACAACUGGGAAGAAUGUUGUUGGUAGGGCUGGCAAGGCAGAGCUGGGGGUUGACCACCAAAGCAAAAGCACUCACCGGCCACUCAGACAUGUACAUAAGCUGACAUUCAGUUGCUUUUUUGUUUUUGCUUGCUUUCUGCAUUGUUUUGAUGACAUUAAAUAUUUUAAUGCAUAAUAAUCUGUAAAGCAUUAUUGUUACUUGACUAAGUAAGUUAAAGAUAAACUGUAGCUUCUUCUCCAAACGAAUAUUUAUUUUAGUAAGUACUGUGUAUUGAAUUACAAGAUCUGAUGGAUGACAGAAUAUAUUUAAAUGAGGACAUUAUUUUAAAGAUGCAAACAAAAAGUACAAUGAGGGAAAAUAUUAUGCUGUCCCACCAUAUACCUACAGUGAAUUGUGACUACACACCUCCAUUAACAUGAGGGUUUCUGAACAGUUGUAGAGGCCUGGCUCAAGAUUUGCUUGUGUCCCACUCCCUGUGCUCAAAAUGCUAGACAAUCAUGGAACAUAUUGGGAGGUACUCAGAGGUUAUGUGUGUUACAGUACUAGAAAUGCUUUAAAUAGAUUAGUUCUUGCCUACCCUCAUAUCAAAUGCCAUGUUAUGUAUGAAUAUUUCAAAGAUGUCUUUGAAGAAAAUGGAAUUGUAAGAGAAGAUAGAAAUAUUG